AUGCGCUUCUCGUUCAUCCUCGCCUCCCUCACAGCCGCGGCCUGCGCCGCCCCGGCGUGGCAUCAGGGCCCCGUCAUGGCCGACGACGAUAACCUCAUGGAGCGCAGGGACGUGGUCCGCGUGCAAGUCGUGCAAGCACACACCAGCCGCUUCACAAACAUAAUGAUUACCAAAAUCACCCGGUAUGCCGCCGACGCCGCCUCGGACGUGCAGGGCUUCUUGAGCGAGUCGUUCCGCGGGGCUGUAGCAGACGGCAGCGGCGAGGUCAUGACUAUUGCGUACGGCAAGAAAGCAUCCCCCUUCGUUGUGGGCUCUGGCAUUGGCAGUGGCAGGGGAAAAGGAAAGGGGCUCGGCCGCCAUGGCCGUCAUCGGCACAGGAUUUCGCUACUGGGCUUUAGGAAUCGGCUGGCUGUGUUUAUUUUGGCCUUUUCCUUGGUUCUGGCUGUUGCGUGCUCAUAUCUCAGACGGGUGUAUAUUGCGUCGCUGCAAGAACCAGUAGAGGACCCCGUCGACUCAGCACUGGCCGAAAAGGCCCUGCUGUCACGGAGCACUAAGGAAGACGAGACGAGGCAAUCAUGA